AUGGGUUCUGUCGGGCAACAGAGCAUCACCUUUGAAGAAUGGCUCGCGUGCAGCGCUGUUCUCUACGAUUGGGCGGAUAACUAUGACAAUAAGAACUGGGACGGACUGCGUGACAUUCUUGCCCCGAAGCUGUUGGUCGACUAUGCAAAAGUCAACAACGCCAAAUUCGUCGACCUCCCCGCCGAGAAGUAUAUCGAGAUGAUGAGCGACCCGCUGUUCCUGGGCGAUCCGUUGAUCGUCUCGCAACACCUGAUCGGCGCGACCAAAUGGGAGAAGAUUUCAGACGAGGAGGUUGUCUCGCAUCAUCAGUCCAGAGCCGCGCAUCAGCGGUGGGCGGACGAGCAGAGGAGCGUCGUGGCGGUCAAGGGCCAUGGACAUGGUGUUGUUACUACCUUCUAUAAGAAGCUGGAUGGUGUGUGGAAGUGGGCGGGGAUUAGGACGAAGGUGAUUUGGAAUGAGUAUGACUUUGAGCAUGUGUUUGUUGGAAAGGCGGGGAAGGAUGUGUGA